AUGAGCAGUCGGAUUGUAAUUAAAGUACUCCGUCUGUUUUGAAGCCUCAGAUUGCAUCUCGGAAUUUCGAUAUCGCAACAGCUGUUGAGUUCCACACGCCAUAUUAACGUUUCGCAGCAAGAAAAAACCGGAAACGUGGAAAGUGUUUUCUUGCAUCGACAAAACCACGCCGCCAUGUUUUCCCGACGGCUUUUUGCUGCUUUCCUGUUGGUAGUCCCCUUCGUGGCGAAAUCCGUUUCUUCGAUUUCGGAAGGUUGUCCCCCACCCGAAUCGAUCCCCAAGUGCACCUGCAAGACUGCAAAUUUAGGAGCCGAGACGACAUGCAGAGAUCUGCAAACGAUUGAGGAUCUGAAAGGCGUGGCCAAGCAGUUGGGGGCGUUCCCGCAGAGAAGACUCGAGAUUGGCUACCUGAAUGCCAGCACGAUUCCGGUGGAUCUCUUCGAGGGCGUGGUCACGGACACGCUGGUCCUGGACCGAAUAGAGGUGGAGGACGCCUCCUUCCGGACGGGGCGGAGACAUUUCCAGGGGCUCGAGGACUGGUUGAAAAUGCUGGAGAUAUCCAAAAGCUUCAGGAAUGGUCAGAGGCCGCUCGUCCAUUUGGCUCUAGAUCAUCUCAGCCGCCUAGAGGUGGUGCUCCUGGAGGACAACCACAUCCCCGAGCUGGGAGAUGAUUGGUUCGCGUCGGGCCCGGCCCCGCUCAGCCACCUGCUGCUGGAGCGCAACGGCAUCGAGACGCUGGGGGGCGGGGCUUUCGCCCAGCUGCCCAACCUGCGCCUGCUGGCCGUGGCGGGAAACCACAUCAACGCCAUCUCCAGGUCCAUGCUUCCCGCCAGCGCCGAGAAGCUCAUCCAGCUGGACUUGUCGAGCAACAAGUUGAGCAACCUGCCAGAGGACCUGUUCGUCGGCAUGCCGAACCUGGAAAGUGUCGACCUGAACAACAACCUGCUGCGCAUCAUAGACGCGGGCGUCUGGUCUCGAGUGUGGACACAGCUCAAAAGCCUCGCGGUUAAAGGGAACCCCCUGGACUGCGGAGAGGCGCUGCGCUGGAUCUGUGACUACAGGACGGACGCUGUGCUGGGAACUUGCAAGACGCCGCCGGAGAAGCAGUGGCAGGAAAUCGAGGACUUCUGUUUCAAGCCCGGGACUGUACGUCGUACAGUGGUACGAUCUGUAGUAUUGCAAAGUGAGGAAACCAUUUCUGAAUGUUUUUGCGCAAACGGAACUCUUGCAGGUGCAGUGGUGCUGUGCCAGGACAUGCGGGGGCCGGAUCUGGAGGUCACCUUGGCCGGACUCGGAGGUCUCCGCCUGAAGAAGUUGGAACUGAGGCGGGUCAACGCGACCUCCCUCUGGGGGCCCUUCCGGGGGUGGCUGGCGGGGGACCUGGUGCUCGAGGGGGUGAGGGUGGAAGACGAUUCCCUGAGACGCGGGAGACACCUGUUUCGGGGCCUGGAGAGCGCCCUCAACAGCCUGGAGAUGAGGAAGAUGGAGAUCUCGAGCCUCCAGCUGGACCAUCUCACGCACCUCAUGGUGUUGAUUCUGGAAGACAACUCGAUACCUUCCGUGGACAACGAUUGGUUCACGACGGGCCCCAAGUCCUUGUCGAACCUGUACCUGGCCCGAAAUGGCAUCGCCGACCUCGACAACGGGGCGUUCUCGGCCCUGGCCGGACUGAGGCACCUGGACCUGUCCAGGAACGAGAUCCGGAUCAUCACCAGAUCCAUGCUCCCGGACCAGGACAGCAGGCUAUCUACGCUGGAUCUAUCACGAAACCUACUCCGCGACCUGCCCGAUGACCUGUUCUCCGGGAUGCCCUUCAUCCGGGAGGUGGACGUGUCAGGGAACGUCCUGCAGACGAUGCGGGAGGACAUCUGGAUGCCGGUCUUCAACCAUCUCGAAAAGAUGAACCUGGACGACAACCCCCUGGAGUGCGAAAGCCUGGAAUGGACCUGUGAAUACCAGAACCAGACAGCCCUCUCCGCCAGCUGCACUUCCAGGCUGGGAGAGCCAAUGGGAGGCGAGCAGGGCAUCCGAGAGUACUGCCGAGGCACCAAUCAUUGA